CCAGCAGUUUGUGGAAGUGGAGGUGUGGGUGGACUUCUUAGACAAUACAAAGUCAAAUGAAGACCCUGUAGAUGGGUUGGGUUGAGACAAUGAAGCUUCAAUAGAUUCACCUUUGUCACAGGCCUUUAAUGAAAAUGAACGUGAAGUCGAACACUCAAUUCCUGGGUUCAACCUGCAGAGUAAGAGUGGCGAGUAUUUGUGGACCUGUGGGUUGGCUAGAUGAUUCACUAGGAGCAAGAGCCAAUCAGCUCCCAAGUGUUGUAUAUGUGGUGGUGGUGGUGAUGUUGGAGCACGCACACACCAAACCGGCCGACUUACAAUACUUACCGGUGCGGGUGAUUGUGUCAUUUCUGACCAGGCUUCCUGAGGGGAGGGGGCUUGGGGGUCUGUGUGAUCCCACAGAAACCUGCCCCUCGGUGGGAAAUCGUAUCAAAGGUGGGACCCGGAGAGCAGAGAGGCAUACUCUUGGGUUUUUUUUGGUAAAGUCACGUAACUUGAUUUAUUCUUUUAUUUCUAUUAUUCUAUUUUUAGUAUUAUUUUCUUUUAUUAUUAUUAUUUUUUUACUUACGUGAAUUUACCGAAAAAAAAACCUAAGAGUAUGAAUCCUUGCAGUCACGAAAGCUUCAAAUCUAGAAGCAGAGAGGCAGUUCGACUCAAGUCAAGACGAAGAGCCAGUGAAGACUGAAAUCCAGCUAGCUAGACCCUGGGACUACUCUCACCCGCUGCCGGGCAGAGCAAGCCAGUGGUGCGACCCCAGAGCCGCGAGGGCCGAUGUCCUUCUAAGGGCUGGACUCAUGUGGCUGGUGGUCGAGACCUGUGCCGAAGCUGGGCCAGGUCAGUUAGCCUCCUUGUGAAGGAGGUCUAGAAUUGAGGGAAGUAGGGAGUUAACGUGGGGUGUUAACUUGGGGGAAACUUCCCUCAAUAGAACGGGUGAAGAGGCCGCUACCUCUUCGAGUGUCAGGGUCGCUACUCUGCUAUAUGAAGUUAUCUGUAAUAAAUCCGUGUUGUCUCAAGUCAACUCUCUCCGUCGUCAUAAAGGCCACUACAUAUAUAUUCGGUCUUAAAAAAUAAUAAAAAUUAAAUGAAAACUGAAAAUGCGUAUUUUUUUAAAUUAUGCUAAUUAUGCGUGUAUGCUAAUUAGCCUCUGCUUCGUUGCCUAGGGGUAUUACUAAUCGUGAUGAUAAUAUAAAGGUGUAAUUGUAUGAAGUUAUGCAAGUGUAUGUAAUUAUGCUAAUUCGGCUCUGCUUCAUUGCCUAUUUGAUUGACUUAAAGCUUUCGUGACUGCAGGAAUUCAUAUUCUUUGGGUCUUUCGGAAAAGUCACUUAAAAAGGUUUUUGUUAUUUUCUUUGAACCUAUCAACGUGACUUUCCCGAAAGACCUAAAGAAUAUAAUACAUUGAUUCUCACUUGAACUUUACUGAUUGGUUUAGUGUGUUUGUCAGGUCUCAAAAUUCAGAUCUCACCUCAGGAUACAGUUCUUAUAAUUAUGAUUAUUACGCAUGAACUUAGGAAGGGACACUGACUCUUCUGCGUUAAGCAACUUUAAUAUCUAAAAACAAAACACUCUAAUAUGCAAACUCUUACGCUAGGAAUUGUCAACCCAGUACUCCUGGAAAUGUCCUAAUUGAUCCGUGCAAUUAACCCUCCAUGGUUACGUUUGUUAACUGGAUAACAGAACAAUCAGCUAAUUCCUCACAGUAAAGCGACCAUACAUGCCGGUAGGUGGUGUUCAUUCAGAUGCUGUCUUUCCGACAGACCUGUUCUUCACCUGAGGACGGCUGCUUGCGUUGUGACCGAAACGUCGUGAUAAUUGUAUUUUAUUACGUGUUAUUUUAAUUAUUUUAUUAUUUCCCUUCUACGUGCCUUAAACGAAAGAACCAAGAAGAUGAAUCCCUGCAGUCACGAAAGCUUUAAAUCGAAAUUUAACCGCCUCUAUGGGGAGGGAUUCCACAUAACUUUGAGAUCCUUCAACAAACUCUGGGAUAAGAAGGCUCAGCUAAUUGAGUCUCUCACCUUUCUGAAGAGAUGCCGCAACUCUAAGGUAAUCCUUUGUCAAGGCACCCUUCCUCCUCUAACCCAGCUUAAAUAUACGCUGCCAAGCUUGGUGGUGUUCAUUCAGACGCUGUCUUUCUGACAGACCUGUUCUUCACCUGAGGACGGCUGCUUGCGUUGUGGCCGAAACGUCGUGAGAAUUGUAUUUUAUUAUGUUUGAUUAUUUUAUUAUUUCUCUUCUACGUUUGCCCAAGGCAAAAGUAGUUUUCAAUGAAUUUAUUGGUAAGAUGAUGCAAUUGAUCGAAAUGCCCUGGAACAGUAGUGUGCGGCAGUGUGCCUGUUUGCUUAAUAGAUGCUUAUCAAUUGGCUAAUGGGCUUGAAUUGAUUCGCGGGCAAGAUUCCGUGAUCAAAAGAAAGAAAUCCCAACACAAUUGUAUUCCUGUGAGUGCAAUUAACGAACCGAAUGACAAAUACUUAUAUACGACCAUAUUGAAGCAGCUCAAUGGACCGAACAAUGUUUUCCACCAUCAGCUAAUAGUUAACGCACCACCUUAGGAUGGUCCUUUUUAAAAAACAAAGCUAACUUUUGGAGCAAUCUUAUUAGUCCCGAUAUGUGUGUAAUGCGAGCAAGGGUUGAGGGGGGGCGGAGUCUGGGUCACGUGGGGAGUGGGUGGAGUUAGGGUCACGUAGGAGAGAGGAUUUAGGGGGAGAACCGGAAGGGGAAAGGGAAGUUGAGAUGGAUUGAAACAGGAGGAGGCCACGCUGGGCAGGACGGAGAGAGUGGCGUGGUCGCCACGCGGUGGGAGACGUCGACACCGUCAGCCAUCGGUGUCAGACGCAGAGAGCUAGCAGCUGUGGGAGGCUAGCUGUAUACGGGGCAGCAGUGAAGCUAGAUAGCGGAGCAGUGGUGUGGCUGCAAGGUGGAGCAGCAGGGAGACUGCAUAUCGGAGCAGCAGGGAGACUGCAUAUCGGAGCAGCCGAGUGGCUGUGGAGAGAUUGUCGGGAGGGACACGGGCCUGAGCGAGGACGCCGUGGUAACGAGAUUCUACGAACCCAAUAAAGGACAACGGAGAUCGACAUCUGAGAGAGAGUCCUUUAUUACAUUGGUGUCAGAAGUGAAACGGCAUGUCAAAACAGCUCAGGAGGAAGACCGUCCAUGCACCAUCUUCUGCAGCAUCUUCUGACGACGACCUCCCUCCAGCGGUGGCGCUACCGACGAUGGAGGAGGAAAGCGGCGCGGGGACGAGCGGGGGUCCGGGCGUGCAGGACGUGGCCGCCUCGGUGGGCCCAUCCGCGCGACUGGACGCUGGGGACGGAUGGUGACAGGUGGCGGCGCAACUGGAGGCGCUGAAGACGGUGUUGGCGCAGUUGUGCGACCUUGUGACGCCGGCGAAGACUUAGGGGAAGGCUCGGAGGGGAACAACUGGCCGGGGCCUAGCCGUCACCAUCAGCCCUCUCGACCACGCGGCAAGAAGACGCCAUCUUGGGCAUGGCCGAGGAGGAACGGCGGGAAGCCGCCAUCUUGCGCCCUCCGCCGCGGGAAGCCGCCAUCUUGCACACGUUGCGGAGUGACGCCAUCUUGUCGCUGCCGCGUGAGUCACCAUCGGCGGAGGACAGCGGAGCAAGAACCCGCAGCCGUCAUUUAACAACGGUCAAAAAAUUCUCCAUCGGCGGCGAUUGGAGCGCAUUCGCCUGCCGUUUUCAAGCGGCCGUACGCUCCGCCAAAUGGACGGACGCGGAGGCCCUGGAAGUCUUACCAACACUUCUCGACGACGAGUCCGUCCGGUCCGCUCCAUCAAGGCCGACAAGAAAAAGACGCUGCAGGGUGUCUUCGAGGAAAUGGCGGAUGCGUACGAGCCUCUGGACGAUGCCCUUUCGUAGAUUUGUUCAGCGCCAACGGGCACCUGAUGAAUCGCCGGUGGCUUUCAGAGGCGCAGUUCUGGAACUGGCGAUGGCAGCAUACCCCGAGACGGAGCCGGAUUUGUUGGAGCCCCUUGUGUUGGGCAAGAUGCUGGAAUUGUCUAGAGACCUGGGGAUCCCCAUGCCGGUGUGCAGCCAUGAUAAAUUGACGUCCCGUGCUGCGGCUAAGUGCUUGGACGCUCAAUUUAAUUUCCGACGCUGGAAGCAGGUGUCAGCUUGGACGGGGGGCCCCAUCGUUGAAGGCGGUGCUACGGGGUGGGAUCCUAAGAAGGCGGUCUACGUUCCUGACGACAAGGGUCCGCAGGAGUUAACGGCCGCCUCCGCCCAGUGGCCUGCUCGGGGGGGAACAGGGCCGAGGUCCGGCCCGCCGGCGAGGGAGCGUCGGGACAGUGGGGGUGCCGCGCGUCGGAACGACGUGGAGUGUUUCCGCUGCGGCUGUAAGGGCCACUUUGCCAGGGACUGUUGGGCUCGCAUCCCGGGGCCGCCCCAGCAGGAGGCCUCGACCACGGACGUCGCGCGAAAAGACCAGCCAGGACAGACGAACCAGCCGUGACGCAGGUGGAUGUGGCGAAUCCUGCUCUGGGUGGGCCUACCACGGUGACGGGGCCACUUGACCCCGCUGCCCCUCCAACCCCAUCACAGACACGGUUGCCAGAGACCCCGGACUUGGGUCUCUCUGGGGAACGGGACCUUGGCGUUGACGGGCCUCCAACAGCGGCGGGCGGUUCUACUCCCGUCGAUCUUAAAACCCCAUCGCGUUCUCGGUCUAUGGGGGGACCGCCGCCCGUUCGUGACGGGCCGGCGACCCGCACGCGUUUCAAAUCCCUUUCCUUUCGUUGAUUGUUCUUGUGGUUCUUGUUAUCGUUGUUAUAUUCUCCGUUGUCCAUUGAUGCCAGAUGGUUACAAUGUUGC